AUGCUUGCUCCAGCGGAAACUGAGCCUGCAAGAGCCACAGUUGGAAGCAAGGCUCAUCUCGGACAUUCUUCCUUGUCGCUGGCAUUUGAUAUUGGACUCCUUGGUCGCACAGCCGCUUUUCUCGAUGCGACCGGCUUGUGCAAUUUGGAGGCAUGUGCGCGGUUUGUGCAAGAUGCCUUCCAUGCAACCUCCUCCAAUCCGGAGGAAGCACCUUGGCGGCGAGCUGCCGUCCAGCGUGGCCUUUGCGUGAUGGAGAGCAGCAGCCUGCUGCUUUCAGCCGAGAUCCACCGACGCCUGAAGCGCUUCUAUGGGAAGCUGAGUUUGGUUACUUCGCCUGCAAACUGGUUAUGGCCUAUUCAUGGUCUGGACGGUGCAUCGAGGCUCGAGAGGAUCACUGACGGUUUUUUGCAAUCUUGCCGCGGCCUUCGAGUUCAUCUGUUGGAAUUCGCGUUUGAGCCAGCGGAAGUCCAGAAGGUGUUGAGUACUGCGAACGCGUGGAGCCCACCGCCACUGCCGGCCAAAUCAAACCAGUAUCAAGGCACCUUCCAGUCUUUCCUGGGGGUGCGCGCGCUUCACCUGGAAGUUUCCGUUCAGCCGCUGAUGACCCGGCAGGGUGGUGUCGAGUGUGCCCUGUUCCUCGAGCUACGGCUGGGCCAAAGUUUGCCCGAGAGCGCCUGGGCUCACGUCCUGGUUUGGUCCGGCACAGAGGCCUUCCCCGGCGAUGCGCGGGGCGGCGAAGAGCCCGACGAGCCCAUGUCGGCCAUGCAAGUCCGUUUACCGAAAGGUUGCGUGUGCUCCAGCCUGCAAAGAGUCGCCCGUGGCUCCGUGUUGCAGCAGGCCUUGACGUCUCACGGCACCGUUCGCACUUUGCUUGCGUUUGAACCCUGCAGAACUGCAGACGCGCAAUGA